UUAUGAAUCAAUUCAGAUCAGUCCUUAGUUGUCAACGCGAUCAUCCGGCAGCCAGACGGUGACUGUUCUAAAGAACCAGUCUUUAAAUACGUCAUCUAAUUCGAAAAUGUGCUUUUAAUCCAUAAAACCGCGUUCCAUUCCAAAUUAGUGCACCCUAUAUCGAUCAAAGUGUUCAAAAUUGUGACAAGUUCAGUGAAAACUUGCUCCUGAUCGCGACUGAUCAAAUGAGCAUACCAAAGUGCUAACGAUAAUCAAUUGAAAGAGUACCACUUUAGUAACAAGUUCGAAGAAAAAUGCCGGAAAAGGUAGUUAAGGAUUGGAACACGCCUUUCGUGUUUCCUCAGAAACCGGAAAAAUUGACAUGGAAGCAGUUCAUUUAUAAUGAAAAAACAGGGAAAAUUUUUGGACGAACGCGUUACAGCUGGGGAGCACUUUUCGUCUUUUACUCCGUUUACUUUGUGAUUCUGUUUUCACUGUUCGCCGCAUGUAUGCAGGGCCUAUUCUACACCCUGAGUGAUCAGUAUCCGAAAUAUCAGCUGUCCGAUUCACUUAUUGGAAACAAUCCUGGUUUGGGUUUCAGGCCUAUGCCGGGACACGUUAAGCAGGGCGCCCUAAUUUACUACACGGCUUCGAACGAAACCCAGAUAGAACCAUGGGUGACCAGAAUCAACGAGUUUUUGGAACCUUAUCGGGAUCCAUCGAAGCUGCCAGGAGAGGGAAAGAAUCAAAUAGCUUGCAACUACACCAGCCGACCACCCCCUGGAAAAGUAUGCAAAGUUGAUUUAUCUCAAAUGGGUCCAUGCAACGCCAUCGACGGUUACAGCUAUAACAAAUCAAUGCCAUGUAUUUUCGUCAAGAUGAAUCGCAUCUACGGAUGGGUUCCGGAAUACUAUGAAAUUAAUGAACUACCAGAAAAUAUGCCUGCUGAUUUGAAGGAGCACAUCAUAUCUCUGCCAGAAAAGGAGCGCAAACAAGUGUGGGUAAGCUGCAACGGAAUCAGUCCAGCAGAUAAGGAAAUUAUUGGCCCGAUAGCGUUCUACCCAACUCGAGGCUUUCCCGGAUAUUACUUCCCCUACACCAAUACGCCCGGUUAUCUGAGCCCAUUGUUGGCCGUUCAAUUUUUGCAACCAGGAGUCAAGCAAAGCAUCAACCUGGAAUGCCGCAUGUGGGCAAAGAACUUGGUAUACCGCGGAGGACUUAACUUUCGAAUGGGAUCUGUUAGUUUAGUACUGCUCAUCGAUUAGCUCGAGCAGUGAUACCAACUCGCGAAUGUUGUGAAUGGAUUGAAUAAACAUCGAUGACAAUUAGCACUAGCUGGUACGCAUCAGUAUUCUGCCAAAAUGACGAUCAACACACGAUCCAGGAACGAGUUGGAGCUGACGUAUUUGUAACGCCAGACAGUUUGCGAUUCGAAAAAAACUUUUGAACCAGCUCAUCAAAAAACCUGAUCAGUAUUAUAGAAACUUGAAAACACUAGAGUGUUGUGCAAAUGAUAGAGCUAGCGUUUUUAUGUGUAUUAUGUGUAGAGAAACCGUUUGUUAAUUUAAGAAUUAUUGAAUCUUUGUUUUCAAAAACGGGAAAAUGAAUAAUUAGAAUUUGCGUAAACCUGAACAGCAAAAAGAAAAAUAAACAAUAGUUUAAAUUGUUUCAUUUAAGAAUAGAAAUAUGAGACCAUAGUAAAAAAAACAGACAAAUGAUGUAAUUAACAGGUAUGAUGAGUAGAAUAAAUUAAAAUAAAACCCGUCAUAAUUGGGUCAUCUCUA